UCUCUAUAGGCCGACGUAUUGCCCAACCGCCUUUCCAGUGCAACAUCUAUUUUGAUGAUCGCUCGCUCGCACGCACGCAGAUACACGCACCGAUCAUCUUCCUCAAUCGCCGAUUUGCCGGCGUCGUUGUCGUCUCGAUCGAGCUAGGGUUUGUUUCUCUACUCCCUAUCUCUGAGCCGGUCACUCGAAGAUUCUCGGCGAAAUGGAGUCCCUGUGCUUCCGCGAUGGCAACAUCACGGACUUCAUCAAUAGUCGCUCUCUUGACGUCCACCAUGACAUUGAUCACAGAUUACAAAUGCACUCAUCUUUGGUACGAAGGCUGUCUUUAGAAAGAGAACUAGAGGAUCAUCAGGGUUGUGUGAAUACUAUUGCUUGGAAUUCAAGAGGGUCACUCCUGAUAUCUGGAUCUGAUGAUAUGAGAAUGAAUAUUUGGAGCUAUUCAAACUGCAAAUUACUUCACUCUAUUGAGACAGGCCACACUGCAAAUAUAUUCUGCACAAAAUUUGUUCCUGAAACUUCAGAUGAACUAGUUGUUUCUGGAGCGGGAGAUGCUGAAGUUCGCGUUUUUCAUUUGUCUCAUUUGAGUGGAAGAGGACGGGAUGUGAAUGUUGUCAGCCCAUCAGCACUGUUUCAAUGCCAUACCAGAAGGGUCAAAAAAUUAGCUGUAGAAGUUGGAAAUCCAAAUGUGGUAUGGAGUGCAAGUGAGGAUGGAACUUUGAGGCAACAUGAUUUUCGAGAGCGUGCUUCUUGCCCCCCAGCUGGUUCUUCUCAUCAAGAAUGCCGCAAUAUUCUUCUUGACUUGCGCUGUGGAGCUAAGAAGUCAUUGGCAGAUCCUCCUAAGCAGUUUUUUUCUCUGAAGUCAUGUGAUAUCAGCUCAACGAGGCCCCAUUUGCUACUUGUUGGAGGGAGUGAUGCUUUUGCUCGUUUGUAUGAUAGACGAAUGCUGCCACCAUUAUCUUCUAGUCAGAAAAAGUUUCCACCGCCUCCUUGUGUCAAUUAUUUCUGCCCAAUGCAUCUCUCUGACCAUAAUCGUUCCAGUUUGCAUCUUACUCAUGUUGCAUUCAGUCCCAAUGGUGAAGAAGUUUUACUUAGCUACAGUGGGGAGCACGUUUAUUUGAUGGAUGUGAUCCCUGCACAUGGAAGUUCUAUUUGCUAUUCCUAUGAAGAUGCUGCUAAGCUUUUGAACUUCAAUCCUACAAACAGUGGAAUGGAAUUGCAAUCAUCAGUUACUGGGGACUUCUUAAAUGGAUCAUUAACAAGGCAAUCUGCUGCCAAGCUUGAUUCGUGCAGAAAGUUAAUUCAAGCGGCAGAAAAAAUAUUGAAAGAAGAAACAAGUUUUUAUUAUGGCAUUGAAGCUUGUAAUGAAGUCUUAGAUGGCUAUGGGGAUGAGAUUGGACCUAAGCUAAUUUCUGAGUGUUUAUGUAUUCGAGCAGCCUUAUUGCUCAAGAGGAGGUGGAAAAAUGAUGCACAUAUGGCUAUACGAGACUGUCAUAGAGCUUGGAGGAUUAAUCCAACUUCGUUUAGAGCACUACUGUUGAUAGCUGAAGCUUUGUCCCAGAUAGGUAAGUACGAAAAAGCUCUGGAGUUUGCUAUUGGUGCUCAAUCCUUGGCUCCAUAUGAGACUGAAGUUGUAGAUAUUGUGGACAAUUUAAGAAAACAUAUUGCCUCAGCUGAAGCAGAGAAAACUAAGAAGGAAAAUGGAGAAUCUAAAUCUGAACAUCCGCGAGGACGGCUUGUGUCAUUAAGUGAUAUUCUCUACCGUUCAGAUGCAAAUAGUGAUGCAUCACAGGAUGGUCCAAGAUCUGAUAGAGGAGAUUCUGAUGAUGAGGAGCUAGAAUUGGCUUUUGAGACAUUAUCGGGGGACGAAGGGCAUGAAAUUGGGCCUAAUGUUUUUCAUGGAAGUUUAAAUUUAAGAAUCCAUCGGAGAGGUGAUACAAAUUCAACAGGAAGAGUGAAUGGCACUUGUGGGUCACCAACAUCAUCAUGCCAAGAUGAGAAAGCAUCUUAUAAGCCUGAGAUGGCAGUAGAUAUGAAAAGGAGAUAUGCCGGCCACUGUAAUAUAGGCACUGAUAUAAAGCAAGCGAGUUUCUUAGGCCAAAGAGGUCAGUAUAUUGCUAGUGGGAGUGAUGAUGGUAGAUGGUUUAUCUGGGAAAAGAAGACUGGUAGAUUAAUAAAAAUGCUUCAUGGGGAUGAAUCUGUUGUAAAUUGUAUACAGUCCCAUCCAUAUGACUGUGUUGUAGCUACAAGUGGGAUUGAUAACACCAUAAAGAUUUGGACCCCAAGAGCAUCAGUCCCUUCCAUUGUAGCCGGUGGAGCAGCAGGACCUGAGACUUCAAAGGUUCUAGAUGCUAUGGAAAACAAUCAGCGCAGAUUGAGUCGUACUCGCGAAGCAAUUUUGCCUCUGGAGUUUCUGGAACGGUUUAGGUUGCACGAAUUUGCAGAAGGCAGUAUGCAUCCUUUUGAGUGCACACAGAGUUAAUCCGAUCCGACUUGGCCAUGCAAUGUGAACAGCAUAAUGCUACUGCCCCUUACCGCCAAACGCUUAGCAUAUGCAGAUGUGUUUAGUUGCCCUGCUGAAUACACACCAAACUGGUGAAAACUCAACCGAAUGCCUGCAUUUUGAUUCAGAAUUCCAGAUCAGAAUUCCAGAUCAUCAAUGCGUACUGCAGCUAGUUGUGCAUUUGUGAAGUGAUGAGAGGAGUGAGUGUAUAGAUGUAAAGUAGAAUUGAGUUGGAUUUUAUUGUGGCUGCUGAAUUUUGAGGUCCUCAACUAAGCUUGGGUAAAGCUAAUUGUACUAAAAAAAAAAAAAACAUUUGCACUCCGUAGCGUAUGUUAAUUGUAUCAAUUCUCCAGCCUUCCUCUUCAAAA